GGUUCAGUAUUGAGCGGUCAAGCUCAUCUUUGCUAGUAAUGCGAGCGGGACAAACUGCCACACUGUCCUGCACCAUCGUCCCUUCCUCAGCGCUUCAGUCUGUCAACAUUCAGUGGACUAAAGAUGGACACACCCUCAGUGACUCCAGGUAUAGCCAACAGCCAGACGGCACUCUGACCAUCGGCUCUGUGAAGUCUUCAGACUCCGGCAUGUACACAUGUACCGCCUCCACCCAGCAGCAGCUGGAGCAGAAACAGCUGCAGCUCAGAGUCCAAGCUGACCUAAAGAUCACCACAGCUCCCAAUAACAUCCAGGUGUCUGAAGGCAGCACAGCGUUACUCCCCUGUGUGGUGUCAGGAGACAACGUCAACAUUGGCUGGUCCAGGAAUGGCAUUCCAGUGCGUCCAGACGGGCGUACCAUCCUGAUGUCCUCUGACGGCAGCCUGAUCCUGAAUAACGUAAAGCCAUCAGACGAGGGCACUUACACCUGCAACGCUUACACUGGCAUCUACUCUGUGAGUGCCACGGCCGAAGUUAGAGUCUCUAAAGACACACAACAAGGUGAUGAUGUGCCUCCAGAAUGCAUGGACCAGCCGGAGCUUGCCAACUGCGAGCUGAUUGUUUACGCUCGACUUUGCUCCAACUCGUACUACUCCAGCUUCUGCUGCGCCAGCUGUACCCGGCACUCACAGAACAACGGCAGGUUGGGACGGCGAGGCUGAAGCCGCACAGGGUUUAAAAACUGUGGGACGGGCACGGGACGGGAAAUGUUGAAGCUGUUUUUGGGAGGACUGCAUUUAAAACUGAACUUUUGCCUCCAAACAUUCAUUUCUGACCAGGUUGUGCAGAAUCGCAAUGAAGGCUGUGCAAUUAGUCGAAUUGUAAUCACAAAAACAGUGUAAUCAGAAAAAAAUGACACAUUUGCACAUUACGUUUUGCAAGUAAACUCUUGUGUCCUGAAUUU